AUGGCCGAGCUGCCGAAAAGGCCAGCAGCGAGGAGGACGAUGCUCGUGACGGUGAAGCGCAUAGCCAUGCAAGCGUUCGAAAUGUGCGUCAAAGUGCGGUGUGAAAACGGUGCUAGCGGUACCAGGCGCAGGCUGACGCUCACUGAAACGUCGGCAUCGGACAGCCUCACCUACAGGAUCAUGCGUACGCCUCAACUGCUUAUGUGGAGUAACAGCGUCAUGGUCGUAGCGAAUCGUAGCCUCAGUAGCAGACACGCGUCCGAUGUAACAUGCCCAAUUGCAACAGCGACCCUGGCGCCCUUUAGCGCAUCUACCUUUCCACAAAGAAUGCGCGGGAGUAGUGCUAUAGAAAUUAUGAGGCGAUGUGUCUCAACUUGUCAAGCGCUGCCUGUACAUAGUCGGUCGCUAUCUCACGCAGUUAGCGCAAACUCUACGUCACAUUCAGACAUGGGGCGUCGGAUUAAAGACUUGAAGUCCCUCCCACAAUGA